AACCACUCUUUCCGCGUAAAAUCGCUGUAAAAAGAGGGAAAACGUUCACAUUUCUGUGCUAUUCCAUGCACUAGACCAACCAACUGCACUCUGGUCGUGGAUCCCGAUGGAAUAGUAAGCCAGGAAAGUGCCAAACAACGCGAACAAAAAAGCCACAAUUUUUCCGCUGAAACACCGAGAACGAGUUUGUGGCAAAGUAAUUCGACCGAACCGCGAGUUAUUGGUUUGCUGCGAAAGCGAAUAUUCGGUAGCGUUGGCGUGCGAAAAUGUGCUGAAAAUCGUGGACGGCAGCGCGCUUCGGGGGUGAGGCGAGUGCGUUUUCCGACGCCGCCGCCGUCGUCGUCGCCGUCGUCGUCCCUUGGCGGAGAAGGGGGUGCAAAGCAAUCGUAAAAUUCCAGAGCCAACUAGUUUGAAGUGAAAACCGAACAUGAAGAAAGCCAGAAGCUAGCGCGGAAUCCGCACCCCGGCCAAAGUGCAGCAGCAUUGGAGUUUGGAGUGCAUGCAAACACACUGCAAAUCUGAAGUGAAAAGUGCCCAGAAAUUGGGGGAUUUUUCCGUGUGCGGAGUGUGUGCCACGGAGGCCACGACUGCCUGUGUCUGGCUGGUCCCGGCACAGUGGCCACACGGUCUCGCUGAAAAAAUAGUAGCACCCGGUGCAAGCGGUACCGCGUCAGGCUCAUCCUUUGUGUGUGCGAGCGGAUCCAGAACCGUUUGGGACCUCCAGCUCCAUCCAUUCUUCGACUCCGGAAGAGUGUACGGGACUCCGGGCAAAUGUGCUGCGGUCGCCGACAGCAGUGCGCCAUUACUUCCACUACGCUGAAAAUUUCGUCGGAAAAUGGAAUGCGACGUAUCCCCGGGGCCCCCUCCUCCGGUGCAAGCGAACCGUUCGACGAAACAACAGCAACAGCAUGUCCCCGCCGCCGCCCUCACAGGAGCAGGAAAGACACAGCACGGAGGUGGAGGCGGCGCAACAUUUGCCAGCAGCGAAGACGGCAAUAGCGGUGGCAGCUCAACCUCCACUGACCUCAGUACGAGCACCGGCGGUCCUUCUUUGGCCGCAGACGAUGGUCCGGUACCAUCAUCAUCAUCACCACCAUCGAGCACGACCAUUCCGGCGCGAGUGCUUUCAAUGGUUACACCGCCAACGACUGGUAGCUGUGGCGUUGCCCCAACAGCGGUCACUGCCGUCGCUAGUGAACCAAUUGUACGGACUAGUAUCGGUAGCAAUAUUACUAUCAUGGGCGGAAUUGGAACCGAAGGGCCGGCUACUGGAUCGAUGCAAAAACAGCAACAGCACCAGUCGGUGGUGGAGCAGCAGGUGACUGUGAUCGAUAUCAGCGAUCAGAGCACGAUGGAGGAUGUGAGCUACUCGGAACAGCUACCAUCCUGCUCGACAACGACGGACACGAGCUGCGUCAUUCUGUCGGAUGAGUACGAUUCGCCUGUGCCAGCGGCGCGUGCGAAGGAUGAAGAAGUGGUUGACCCACUGAACGUGUCGCUCGAGACGGCGCUCUCUUCGCAAAAGUGCAGCACACCGGUGACGGAGCGGAUAGCAACACCAGCCGCAACCGUCAGUCCGGCGGCCACCACUACGCUUGGUACUCCGAAGCAUCAUCACCAUCUGCGGAGAAACGUUCCUAGGAUGGCCACCGGUGGUCGACAGACCGCUGGAUCCAGGCAACAGCAACAGCACCACCAGCUACGAGGGGCAUCAACGGGGUCCGAUAAGCAUUCACCAGCGGACGGUGGUGCAUCAACGAUGCGCGAAGUGUUGGCCUCGAUACCGGGCUUCAGCAUAAAAACGCGCCGGCGUACGAACAAAAAGCUGUCAACCGCGGCCCAGCUCGAGCAGACGCGCGAAGGAUGCAUCGAUCUCGAGACGCCCGACUCGAUACUGGUGAACACGAACCUGCGGGCGCUGCUGAACCGGGAAACGUUUCAGCUGCUACCGCCGCUCUAUCAGUACAAGCUGGUGCAGCUGUUGCCACCGGUCGACCGGCCGCUGGCCCUCGAUGCGCUGGAAUGUGAGCGCAAUGGCAUCCGGUUGAAUCCGUCCAGUUUGAACAACGAGUUCUUCGCCCGUGCCUGCCAGGAGUGGCGCGAUCGGUUGUCGGAGGGCGAGUUUACGCCCGAGGCGCAGAUGAAGCUGCGGGCGGAAGCGGAGCGUGAACGGGGGAAGCUCGACCCGUGGAAGCUGAAACACUUCGAGCCGAUGUGGGGCGAUCGGAAGUACGCGGGCGGUGCAUUCAUCGGUGCCGCCGGUACCAUGGCCAAUCCGCCACCACCAACACCACCACCACCGCCAGCUCCUUCGAUAGUACCGGUGGUAGCCCCGGUGCCGGUGCCGGUGUCAGUGCCGGUAGCCAUGGUGGCACCAACAACACCACCUAUCACCUCACUACCAACGAGUGUACCGAUGGUGGUGAACAAGGUAGUGUCAACGAUCAGCACUGUGCCGAGUGUUGUCGUUUCAGGAGGACGUAUCCCACCUGCCGUUAGUGCUGCUGCCCGAACAGUGGCAAAGAUACACCCGGUCAUCAGUAGUAGUGGCCGGAUGGCGACGCAUGUCACGAAAGCAACAGUACCUUCCUCCUUCUCAUCCAAAGCGACCAUCAUCACCACGUCGAGUGGAAUGAUCGUCCUACCUGCGCGGACAACCAUUUCGGUUACGUCUGGUGUGGCAACUUCGCUCGCCAGUGGAAUUACUUCUGCGGCGCGAGUCUGUAGUGGAGUCUACGUAGAUUCGAUUGGCGCCGUCGCGGCUAGCCGUAGUAACAGCUCCAUCGGCAGCGCCACCAUCACGGCUAGCACUGCCAGCACUGCUGCUACCAACGACAAUGCUCGGCCACCGCUAAAGACGAAAUUUCGGUUACGACCGACGACGGAGAUCGCUACCAGUACGACGGCGAAUGCUUUCGGUGGUGGCGAUGCAGAUGCAACCGUUGGUGUUAGUAAGCAACUCCACAAACCUUCGGCUGUAGCUCAGCACUAUCAGGCGAUGCUGAAUCCGUCGAUUGGGGUACCGGUAACUACCGCACGGUCCGUUCAGGCCAGCCCCGGAGGAAGAACGACAAUGGCAUCGUUUGGUGGAGCAGCGAAACGAAUGCUCUCGACAAUGGGUACCAGUGGAUCUAGUGUCAGCAUCAGCAAUAGCGCUGAACUUGUUGUUCCCGUUGGAAGUGGUGUUAACGCCGUGAAAGCCAGCAGCGCACAACCGAUGUCACCGAAAAGACUCCGUACGGUAGGUGCCGUAACGAGAUCGGCGUUAGCCGGAACCGGAAACUGCCCACCGCAACAGCCCGGCACAUUCGUUCAGCAUCAUCCGCUUAGUAAUGCUGCCUUGACGAUAACAACCACGACUACGAAUGCAGCCAGUCCACUGAUCGCCCGAUCGUCAACCGUCGUCGUGAAGCGCGUUGAUGCAACCACGUUCGGUGCUAGGCCAUUGGUUCAACAAGCGACGACGUUGGCAGCAGCAGGUGCAGCGACAGGAGUAGCAGGGAGUGUCGUUGGAAGCAUGAAACGCGCCUACAGCAAUCGCUCGGAAACACCGCCCCACGGAGGCGAUCUGCUAGCGAACUGUAAGAUAUCGAAACGACGGACUGAGGAUGCCGCUGGUAGCAGGCUGAUGACGAUUGUGACGUCAACGGCGGGAGUCUCUGCUGGAGCGCAGCAUCCUAGCACCACUACCACCACCGGCACAACCAGCAUCGUGUACAGAAACAGUAGUAGUAAUAAUCUCAAUCGCCUUAUCACCACCACCAAUACCAGCAAGAGUGCAACGGUCGCACCCGCUGCCGUCAUCACGUCCGUUUCCUCCACCGAGAGCAGCGAGAGCGGUGGCAACGACAAUGGUGGCGGCAAUAGCAAUAGUCCUAGGGUAGUGAGCAUCAGCAGUAGCAGCAGUAGCUUUAGUAUGAGUAGUAAUACCAGUCACAGCAAUUUAGCGGCCCCCACGACCAACACUAAACAUUUUGGUGCUGGUAGCUUCAUCGAUGGUGGUAGCUCACUGACUGAUAGGCGACGGAAAGGAGCGCUGUAUAGUGUCGCCGGUGCUACUACGGCAUCGACAAGAACGCAUGAGCACCAUGAGCAACAGUCGAGAAAGAAGGUACGGCGCCACCAACUAGCUGGACGUGGUGGCAGCAACGGUAGAAGCAAUAGAACCUUGUCCACGCUACAAGCAACGACCGCGACGAUUCUUGUGGAUGAUGAUGAUGAUGAUAAUGAUGCAGAAGAGGCGGAUAGUGAGGAUACCAUGGUCGUGAACGGUGGAGGCACCUCCUCGCAUGACGAGGAGGAGAAUCAAUCGCUUCGUCCCUCGUCCGAUCUUAUCCUUGAGGAUGCAAACGAUCCAGCUGGAUCGUACGAUGCAGUCGAUUGUGAUGCAGGAGGGAACCGGAAACAAGAACGAGCAAAUUUGCAUAGUCUACAGCAACAGCGAAUGUUAACCAUGACAGUGGCCAGUGCCCGGGAUCGUCAGCAGCAGUCGCAACCUGUUGUGAUAUCGGCAGGAGAUACCGGGAGUGGGUUGGUGGGUGGCACUGCUACCGGUCGCCAGACUCAGACGAUCUACGAUCACGCUACGGGCCAGAUGAUCAGCUUUGUCUGUGUACCAUCCUCCUGUGCUUCACCUACUUCAACGUCGAACGUGUCUUCCGGAUCCACCACCGAUUACGGUGUGGGAUCGAGUGCGUCUGCUGUAGCCAAUGCGGCCGCUCUGAGUCUUCGGUCGCUGCCACCAUCGGUAACGGUAACGGCAUUGCCUCAGCCAGCAGCAGCUCAACAGCAUCCAUCAGCAGCACAGCUGUUAUCGAUUUCGAACGAUAGCAGCAACAGUAGCAGUGCGUCAACCACCGCAAUGAUGGCCGCGAGUGACAAUCAUCUGGAAGGUGGUGCAGCCGUUGUUGGAACAGGACGAUUAGCAGGAGGAGGAGGAGGAGAAGAUAGAGUAACAGUUGAAUCGGUGCUGCAUAUGAAUAAUACGUUCGAACAUGUUCUACAAGCUGGUGAUGGUGCGGAUCGUAAUUUGGUGAUCGUGCAUAAGUCACAGCUCGCGAGUGGCAUUGCGCCAGAGGAUGAGCUGGAGGGAAAGCUGGGGAUGCCGCAGUCUAUCGUUUCGGCUAAUACACCUGCGAUGGCACUAGAGGAAACUGAGGAAGCGGGUGACGAGGAAGAGGAAGACGAUGAAGAGGAAGAUGAAUGCGAUCGCGAUGACGAUGAGGAUGGAGGUGUACAAACGACGACAGCCACCAAUACAGCCGAUGAGUACGAUGAAGAUCUCGAGGACGGCAAUAUGAAUGAGCCGGUGCUUGGAAUGGUGAUAAAAACUGAAUCGGAUCAUGUACUGGGUUACAAUGGGGAAGUCGGCGCGGGAAGUUUAGACAGCAACCAUCAAUCCAUCGUCAGCCACAUUCGUCAACCAAAUCAAGUACGUCGCUAUCAGUCACUACAGCAAGAGCAAUUGUUGCCAUCGUCAUCCGGCGCAAUGAAUAUGAACCUUACCGCCUAUCAUCACGAUCAUGUGCAUCUUCAUCAGCAACAUCAACAGAAUCAUCAGCUUCAGUUUCAAAGGACUGCUACCGCCAGCGGUUCUGAUGACGGCAGUGGUUUGUAUCAUUUGAAAAACGAAGUGGACGAUGGGGCAGAAGAACCCUUCGGUUACAAUGUGGACGAGACUACGAGUAACUACUGUGAUAAUGCUUCCGCUGCAAAUGGUGAAGAAGUUUUGGACGAAGGCGCCAAACCGGACGACGGUUUGCUUGAUCAGCAACAUCUGCUGCAUCUGACAAGCAGUAUGCCCGCACAAAACGUAGGUUUGCAGGAGGAAGUGUGCGAGGACGAAGAAGCCAGUAGAGUGCAUGAUAAUUGCUUGGAUGAGUACGAUUCCUCACAGUACCGGCAGGGCGGUGAAGAAGAUCCCCCCACAUCGGAGGAGGAUGAGGAGGGGAUGAAUUGUGUGCUUAAUCAGCAACAACAGCAACAGCAGACGCAGCAGCUGCAAGGCCAUUAUCCGUUGAGUCAAGAUCAUGGAGUAUACCACCAGCAGCAGCAGCAGCAGCAGGAGCAGGGUCUCCAAAAUAGCAAUGCGCCACUGACUACAGGCUUGUUGCUGCCAAACGUUAGUCUAUCGCCGGUGAUAGCUGCAGGUACCAGUGCAGAAAUGAGAACGGCGACCCACAUUCUGUAUCCCGGUGGUAGCAUGGCCGAGCUGUCGAACUGUGUGGCAGGUGGUGAUUUACUGAACGACGGUUUGAUGGACGCUGAGUGUGAAGUCGAGCACCAAACUUUGACGCAGAAUGAUGGAGAUGAUUUGGAUGAAGAGAAUGUUGACGAGGCAGGGGAAGAAGAAGAAGAAGAAGAAGAAGAGAUGGAAGAGGAAGAAGAGGAUCAAGAAGCAGACGAAUCUUACGAAUCGCUGUUGGAUGAUCAAGGCGUAGCGCUACCACAUCACUAUGAGCAGCAGCAACAGCAUCCACAACAGCAACAACAGCUGCAUGGUCAGCAGCAGCUCGAACGGUACAUCGAGGACGUUGCAGAUGGCGGGGAUGCAGUGUACGGUAUGGUCGAUUCCACCGGUGGCGAGAUGAUCAGCACAGAAAUCGUUGAGCACAACCACGAUCAAGAUGUGGCGAUCAUGUUAGAAUCGGAUUUGAUGGUGGCGACUUCCGGCGGCGCUGAAUUGUUUGAUGUCGAAGAAACGGGGCGCAAUGAAGAGGAACAGGAAAGUGUGUUAGUCAAUGGCGAUUCUCGGGAAACGGUGGCUUCCACUCACGACGAACAUCGCCAUCAGCAACAGCAGCGACCGAAUUCGGUACACCUGGACCAACAGGCACUAGGCGAACAGAUGGUUGUUAAAAGCAGCUGUGGGACGAAGGACACGGCGACGGAUGGAGAGUACACAUCGACAGGAGGAAGAUCCUUUCUUCAACCAAUAACUUCUACCGGGUUGGUUGGCGGUGGUGUACCGAGACGAACCACCACAAUUCUGGUCGUAGAAGAUGGGCAAAUGGGGCUUAUUGACGCGAGAACGAGAAACGGAAGUCCUAUCACUGCUAGUGAACAGCUCCAUCUGCGCAAAUUGAAAUCGAUUGCUUCAACACCAGCAACGUUCGAUAGGCGAUCCAGCAGUGAAAACAACGGCCAGUCAGUAAAAAUGGUUUCUGAUAGGAUCGUUAAGUCCUCACCGGAUCACCAUCUACAGACGGAGUCAGGGGAUCGCUUGUACACUACUGAUCAGCCUUCAUUUCCACUUCAAGACGAGGGCAGAAAGCAAGAAGGUGUCGUCGAACAAGUGCUUAGUUGUGGUGAUCCAGUAUGGACUCAGUUUAAAAUGAAAAUGAUGGAUCCGGCGAAGAUGUUGGUGGUCGAUCAUCAUCAACUGGCUGAUGGCAGCAACAGUAUUAUCCUUUCUCCGCUCGGUUCCAACCUGGCCCCAACGAUAGCGGCAGCAUCGCCAGGUGCCACCACCGUCCAAACCCCUACACUGCUGGCUGGUAC